UUCACAUCCCCAAAUAUAAUUAGGAUCCACUACAAAACCAUCUUAUUGUUUAUACAUGCACUGUUUAGAGCUGUAGUCAACCAAAACACGUACAGGAAAUUUUUAAACUGCAGGAUUACCAUUUACAAGAGGCAAGCAAGUUGGCUGGUCUUCUUCCUCUUCUUUUAGUAUUUGGGAAAGCUGGGGGAAGUUUGGCUUGAUACAUGCAACAGCACCAUUGUAGUAUUAUAUAUUUGCACAGCUAAACGGCACUACACCCUCACCCAACCCAAAUUAACCUGAAAACAUUCAGAUAAAGAGAGAGAGACGAAGAAUCUGCAAGAAAACAAGCAUUUCAGCCACCACCAUGUAUUAAUGUCCCUCAUGCUUGAAGAAGGUGAGGAAAUAAACUGCAAUGGUUGUGAGACUCUUGUUCAAGAACCCUUCCAUGGAUGUCUAUCAUGUAACUACUUCCUCCAUGAUAGCUGCCUCAACACUCCAAGGUUCCAGCAACACCCUUCUCAUCCUCAUCCCCUGACUCUCCUCCCUACCCCAAGGUACUCAAGCCAAUCCUAUACUUGCAACGCUUGUUUGUCCGAAGGUAAAUCCUUCAGCUUAAGCUGUGCUCAAUGCGAGUUUGAUCCCCAUCUUCAAUGCGAUUCUUUGCCUAAAACCGUCCAAAUUCGCAACAAGCAUCCACAUGUACUUAAGCUGAUCUUUGAGCAUCCACACAAAGACAAAAAACCAUGCAUUGCUUCUUGUGAAUAUGGGAUUGAAGACGAAAGCCAGAGGAGACUUACAGAAGAACAAGAAUUUGAGAAGUCUGUUUAUGAAAUGCAAAGGAAAAUGAAGGAGCUAACAAUUGCACAUAAACUAGUCCUUCAAGCACUUGCCUAUGCUUGUGACUACAUCGGACCCUCAAACAAAAGAUACUAUUGUUAGUUUUACUACAAUUUGUGUCGUUUAGGUUGCCUUCUUGCAUAAUUUCUUGAACUACAAGGAACUAGCAAUGAUUUAAUCAUCAAAAAAUUCUGUUGGUUUCUUGCUCUUUUUGCGAGUUUUA